UGCCACCUACCCAGCAAGCAUCAGCCACUGCGCUACCGCCACCCGCCCAGGGAGCAUCGGCCGCCGCUACUUGCUCAGAACGUCUCAGCCACUGUCUGCCGCCACCUGCCCGGAGAGCAUCAGGUCCUGCCUGCCAGCCCCUCACGGAGAUGCUCCUCGUGGUUCCCGCUGCGGGCGCCUGGCGGCUUCUGCUCCUGCUGGCCGUCCAGGUCGGCGUGGCGGCCGGCGCUCCCCAGCCGUGGCGCUGCGCGCCCUGCUCCGCCGAGAAGCUCGCGCUCUGCCCGCCAGUGCCUGCCUCAUGCCCGGAGGUUGCCCGGCCGGCCGGCUGCGGCUGCUGCCCGACGUGCGCCCUGCAGCUGGGCGCUGCGUGCGGCGUGGCCACUGCGCGCUGCGCUCGGGGACUCAGCUGCCGUGCGCUGCCCGGGGAAUCGCGUCCCCUGCACGCCCUCACCCGCGGCCAGGGCGCUUGCGUGCCAGAGCCCGACGCCUCCGCGCCCAGCACCGAGGCCACAGAGGCAAAGAGCCCUGCAGCCCCAGAGAAUGUGUCCCCUGAGAGCACAGAGAUGACAGAAGAGCAGCUCCUGGAGAAUUUCCAUCUGAUGGCCCCUUCCAGCGAGGACCGGCCCAUCCUCUGGAAUGCCAUUAGUACCUAUGAGAGCAUGAGGGCUCGCGACGUUGCCAACAUCCAAAAAUGGAAGGAGCCCUGCCAGAGAGAACUCUACAAAGUGCUGGAGAGGUUAGCCAAGGCACAACAGAAAGCAGAAGAAAUCUACAAAUUUUAUCUGCCAAACUGCAACAAGAAUGGAUUUUAUCACAGCAGACAGUGCGAGACAUCCAUGGACGGAGAGGCAGGGCUCUGCUGGUGCGUCUACCCUUGGAGUGGGAAGAAGAUCCCAGGGUCCCUGGAAGUCAGAGGGGACCCCAACUGCCACCAGUAUUUUAAUUUACAAAACUGAAAACAGAUGCAGUGAUGUUCCUUCAAAGGAAAUAUUUAAGUAUAUUGUGUAUUUAUACUCUAGAACACACACACGUUUUUAUAUAUGUAUAUGUAUAUAUAGAAACUACUUUUUAUACUCCACAUAUUACUUGAUAUAUAAAGCUGUUAGUUUAUUUAUUCACUGUAAGGUUAUUUUUUUCUACACGGUAACUUGUACUGUUAAUUUGUAUAUCAUGAAAUACUUCUUAUCACAUCGUGUAUAAAUAUGUGUAUUCCAGCUCUUCUAAAGCUCAUGCUUGUGUUUUUAAAGAGCUUGGAAAAAUACUGCUUAGAAAAUGCAAAAUCAAAUAUUAGGCAGUGCUUUUUCAAGCAGUUUAAAGAACAGUUAACUCGUAUAUUCCACGAUCCACAUUUGGUGUAAAUUUGCAGGGAAAGUGAAAGUGUUGCUUAUGUAAUGGAAGCUGCCUGUGGUGAUGUCGCUGUGUGUGACAGCGUGCGCUGGAUGUAUUGCCAAACACGUGUCUGUGAUGUAAACGUAUUUGGAAUAAAUAUUCCACAUGGAAA